CUAGAGAAAUAGUUUCAAUCCAGUGAGCACUAUACCUUUUCUGUAAUUUGUUUUCAACAAGAUUCCAAAUAAUACACUUCUUGGAACGAGUAAUUCUUUACCACGUUUGUGUAGAUGUUUUCCAAUCAGAAAUUUGGUUGGAAUAGCUUUUCUUCGAAACUUUGCAUAAGUUGAAUGUGUAAUGAGGCAUUGUCUUGAACAAGUUUCCAGAUAUAUGCUCGUAUAACAACAGUACAGUGACCUGCUGAACCAAAUAUACGGCGAUGUUAGGAGGUGCUAAUUACUGGUCCGCUCAUCCGAUUAGACAGUGUCUCACACACUUGACGCGUUACGGUUACAAAAUCCGGAGGUUUCUCGGCACUAUGUUGCUUUUGAAAUCUGUUCUUUGUAGCAUCGUUUUGUACUGUGUAGGUGUGGAAGGCAUAGGCAACCAAUAUUAUCGUCGAGACCCAAAAUUCCUGUUCCUGUUCCCAUUCUAUCGGGUGCUGCCUGGCCUGCCCUGUACGACCAACGACAACUUGGAUGGAAUCUGCCUGAGUCAGCGACAAUGCAACGCUCGGGCGGGAGUCUGUGCUGGCAAUUGUGGAUACAAAGGUGUAUGCUGUGUUUUUAAAAGAACAUGUGGAGAGAAAACCAAUGCAAACAACACUUAUUUCUUCAGUCCAAACUAUUCGGCCGCAUUCAAUGGUGGAAAACGCUGCUCCUUCACAAUUGAGAAAAUGAAUUCAGGUGUUUGUCAGAUAAGAAUAGAUUUUUUGGAGUUUUCUAUCAGUGAACCUGAUCCCAAGACUGGUUCUUGUGAAAAUGACAAGCUGAGUUUGGGUAUCCCAAAUAAUCCAGUAAUCUGCGGUGAAAAUGGUGGACAUCAUGUUUACCUGGAUUUCCCAGCUGGUUCAAACGGCCACACCAUCAGUGUAUCAACCGUGAAUGCGGUGUCACUGAGUAGGCGAUGGAAUUUGAAAAUCUCACAGAUAGCAUGCAACAGCUCAGAGAGGGCGCCUCCUGGAUGUCUGAAAUACUUCACCGCAGAUAAAGGAAGUGACCGUAGUUUCAACUUUUCUCCACUCUCAACAGCUUCAGGUACAGGAAACCGAGUGAUUAGUGGCAUGAACUAUGGUGUCUGUGUGCGCAGAGCUCCUGGCUUCUGCUCUAUCACCUGGUCACGCAGCUCCGCCAAUGCUUUCACGUUCACUAUGUCCGGAGCUUCAAAUCCUACCGAUACAACUGGAGCUGGUGGUACCGGCCUGUCUGGAUCGACGAAUUGCAAAUCCAACUUCAUCAUCAUCCCCAACAGCAAGCCAAGCCAAGAUGGCGCGGCCGAAGAUCGCUAUUGUGGAAAUAAUCUGUCACCAGUUACAACUUCUUCAGGGCCAUUCGUAAUGACCGUUGUAACAUCUUACGACGAGAACAAUUCAAAUAACAGAGGAUUCCUUUUGGAGUACAGCCAGAAUGCAUGUGUAGAUGGUGAUAAAUGAAACAUAAUGGACCGUGAAUUCAUAUUUUGUGAUUCUUGAUAAAUAACAAGUGAUAACUGAAAAAAAUCAAUAAAUGUUGUGAUUCUUGCCGGUAGCAUCAGUCUUGAGGCUUAAAUUUUAAAAAAUUCACCUUAAAUCGGCAUCCUAAGGAUGAGAGAUAGUUGAACAGCGAAAGUAGAGGAUAGCAGAGAAGGUAGCGGAGAGUGUUAAAAAGUGAAGCAUGCAUUAAGAUGUGACAAAAUAUAGUGGAGUGGAGUGGCAAAGGCAGAAAAUAGUAGAGAAGAAGCCGAGUUCGAUGAAAAGUAAUGCACUUAAAGUAGUUGAUAUUGUGGUAAUUAUUCAUAUUGAAUGGAAAAGACUAAGAAAUUGUAAAAAAAAAACACAGAUUAUAAGAGAUUAUAUAGACAGUUUAUCAGAGAUAGACAGUUUAUCAGAGAUUGACAUUGGUGUAAUAACCGAAACUGGUCUUUCUAAGUAUCAAUAAAUCUGUGGUUUUUUGACAAUUUCUUAGUCUUUUCCAUUCAAAAAGUAAUGCAUGUAUUCGAAUGUGACAAAACAUAUAGUUGACAAAACAUAAUAGUUGACAGUCGAUGGUAGAGUGAAGCAGACAUUCGAAUACAUGUAUUACGUUUGAAAACUGGCAGCUACUUUCUCUGCUACCCCAUAAUAUAAUCGCCGCUCAACUAUGUUUUUACUUUAACGAGAACACUCAUUUUUGUUAUAAUGCUCUUAAAAAGAUGAGUUUUUCAUUUUUGAAGUUCAAGUGCAUUUGAAUCCCAUCUCAAAGUAACAGUAAUUUAUUAAUUCUGAACUUAUAUUGAAAAAAA